AACACAGGAAGAGAAAAGUUAGAAAUUUUAUUUCUUGCGGCAUUGUCAGUUUCUGAAGCUCUGCUAGUAAUCCUAAAUGGCGGCACGACCCAAUAAAUCCCCGAAGAAGAACUCUAGAGACGGACCAAAGCAUCAGAGCUUCAAGAAAACCUCAAAGAUCAAGCACGAGUCUAAAGAGGCUAAUGGGCGGAAGGUCUUACCAGUGGUAAUGGAAGACGAUGCUCCGGACUUUCCUCGAGGCGGAAAAAGUGCUCUGAGUAGACAGGAAGAGGAUGAAGUUCGUGCCGAAGUUGAUGCUGAAUUCGAAGCAGAGGAGAGGGAGUUGAAGAAAAUGAGGAAGAUGAAACAGAAAAAGAGUUAUGCUAUGGAGGAAGAUUUGGGAUCACUUUUCGGUGGCGGUGGUAUUACAGGGAAGCUACCUAGAUUUGUGAAUAAGAUCACUUUGAAGAAUGUUUCUCCUGGAAUGAAGCUGUGGGGAGUCAUAUGUGAAGUCAACCAGAAAGAUCUUGUAGUCACUCUUCCAGGGGGGCUACGAGGAUUAGUUCGUGCAAAUGAAGCUUCUGAUAUUUUUUCAGAGAAUGAAGUUAAGGAUGCUGAUGGUAAUUACCUUUCCAGCAUAUUUUGCAUUGGGCAGCUUGUUUCCUGCAUAGUUUUGCAAGUCAAUGAUGACAAAAUGGAGGAUAAGGGGAAGAAAAAGAUCUGGCUUUCUCUGCGUCUUUCUUUGUUGCAUAAGGGCCUCACGUUUGAUGCUGUUCAGGAAGGGAUGAUCUUGUCAGCAUAUGUGAAAAGCAUUGAAGACCAUGGUUGCAUUCUUCAUUUUGGAUUUGCUUCUUUUAGUGGGUUUUUGCCAAUAAAAACCCAAACUGACAGUAGUGAGGCCAAGAUGAUCACUGGGCAGCUUCUACAAGGGGUUGUAAGAAGUAUUGAUAAAGCCCGUAGAGUUGUUUAUCUGAGUUCUGAUCCUGAUAUAGUGUCUAAAUCUGUGACCAAGGAUCUUAAGGGCAUCUCGAUUGAUCUGUUAGUUCCAGGCAUGAUGGUUAAUGCCCGUGUAGAAUCAACUCUUGAAAAUGGGAUUAUGCUAUCAUUUCUUACUUAUUUUACAGGAACUGUUGAUAUUUUUCAUAUACAAACUUCUUUUCCAGCCACAAAUUGGAGAGAGAAUUAUAGUCGAAAUAAGAAGGUGAAUGCUCGGAUAUUAUUUAUUGAUCCCUCAACCAGAGCUGUUGGUCUGACAAUGAACCCUCACCUUGUUUAUAACAAAGCUCCUCCUUUUCAUGUUAAGAUUGGCGAUAUUUAUGAUGGUUCUAGAGUAGUUAGAGUUGAUAAAGGACUAGGCCUUCUGCUUGAAGUUCCAUCUACUCCAGUGCCAACUCCUGCUUAUGUCAGUAUAUUUGAUGUGGCUGAUGAAGAAGUUCAGAAACUGGAGAAAAAAUUUAAGGAAGGGAAUCAUGUUCGUGUUCGAAUUCUUGGAUUGAGACAUUUAGAAGGGAUUGCUGUGGGAGUUUUAAAGGCCAGUGCUUUUGAGGGAUCAGUUUUUACCCAUUCAGAUGUCAAGCCUGGUAUGGUGGUCAAGGCGAAGGUCAUUGCUGUUGAGAGCUUUGGUGCUAUUGUGCUGCUAUCUAGUGGUGUUAAGGCGCUUUGUCCUCUUCCGCACAUGUCUGAAUUUGACAUUGCAAAGCCUAGGAAAAAAUUCAAGAUUGGAGCUGAACUGGUAUUCCGUGUGCUUGGUUGCAAGUCAAAGAGAAUUACUGUCACACACAAGAAAACACUUGUGAAGUCAAAGCUUGGAAUUCUUAGUUCGUAUGCUGAUGCGACCAAUGGACUAGUGACUCAUGGAUGGAUCACAAAAAUUGAAAAACAUGGAUGCUUUGUGAGAUUUUACAAUGGGGUGCAAGGAUUUGCAUCUAGAAAUGAGCUUGGACUAGAACCUGGAUGUGAUGCAAGUUCAAUGUAUCAUGUUGGUCAAGUUGUCAAAUGUAGGGUCGUAAGUGCCAUUCCUGCUUCACGGAGGAUCAACCUAAGUUUCAUAUUAUCUCCUAUGAGGGCUGCUGUAGAUGAUAUUGCCAAAGUUGGUAACUUAGUUUCUUGCAUUGUUGAGCGUUUGACUCCACAAGCUGUUAUUGUAUAUGUGAAGGCAAAAGUUUACUUGAAGGGGAGUAUAUCUAUGGAGCAUUUAGCAGAUCAUCAAGGGCAUGCUGCUUUAAUGAAGUCAAAUUUGAAGCGUGGAUAUGAAUUCGAUCAACUUCUGGUGUUAGAUGUUGAUGGCAACAGCUUGAUACUCUCUGCAAAAUAUUCUCUUAUUAACUCUGCCAAACAGAUUCCUCUUGAUCUUGCUGAGAUUCAUCCUAAUUCAGUGGUUCAUGGUUAUGUCUGCAAUUUAAUUGAAACUGGAUGCUUUGUCCGCUUUCUUGGACGCUUGACUGGUUUCUCACCCAAAAAUAAAGCCACCGAUUCUGAAAGGGUCAAUCUCUCGGAAGCAUUUUACAUCGGGCAAUCUGUUCGCAGUAAAAUAGUCAAUGUUAAUAAUGAAAUGGGUAGAAUAACACUUUCUUUGAAGCAGUCAUCUUGCUAUUCAACAGAUGCAUCUUUAAUUCAAGGAUAUUUUCUAUUGGAAGAGAAGAUUGCUAGACUGCAAAUGUCAGAAUCUGUGGUCACUGAUACAAAUUGGGUGGAAAGUUUUAAAACUGGGAGUAUUGUUGAGGGAGAGAUUCAUCAGUCAAAUGAUUUUGGAGUUGUUCUUAGCUUUAAGGAGCAUAAUGAUGUUUUUGGAUUUAUUUCACAUUAUCAUUUAGGUGGAACAACUGCAGGAAUAGGUUCUGUUGUUCGAGCUGUUGUUCUCGACAUUUCUGUGGCAGAACGGCUUGUGGAUUUCUCUCUUAAGCCAGAGCUUGUUCAUUCGAUCAAGGAAGACAUUUCCAACUGCCGGACUCCCAAGAAGAAACGCAAAAGAGAGUCAUCUAUGGACUUGGAGGUACAUCAGACUGUGAAGGCCACUGUAGAGAUUGUGAAAGAGAAUUACUUGGUUCUCUCACUACCUGAGCAUAAUAAUACUAUAGGUUAUGCGUCCAUAACUGACUAUAACACACAAAAGCUUCCUCAGAAACAUUUUGUGAAUGGGCAAAGUGUUCUUGCCACCAUUGAAGCUCUUCCAAGCCCGUUAACAACUGGAAGAUUGCUUCUGCUUCUUAACUCUCAUAGUGAAGUUGCUGGGGUCUCUAGUUCUAAAAGGGCCAAGAAAAGGUCUAGCUACAAUGUGGGGUCACUUGUGGAGGCAGAGAUUACUGACAUAAAGCCUUUGGAACUGUCGUUGAAGUUCGGCAUUGGUUUUCGUGGGAGGGUACAUAUAACUGAGGUAAACGAUGACAAAAUAGUUGAGGACCCCUUUAGUAAGUUUAAAAUUGGGCAACUGCUUACUGCAAGAAUUGUUGGCAUGGCUAACAAGUCAGAAAAGACUAAAAAAACUAAUUGGUGGGAACUCUCCGUCAGACCCACAAUGCUUUCAGGAGCAGGGGAUGUGGAGGGCGGCAUUGCGAAAGACAGUUUUGAUUUUUCAACUGGGCAAUGUGUCACUGGGUAUGUGGUUAAAGUGGACAGGGAAUGGGUAUGGUUAGCAGUAUCUCGACAUGUGAAAGCUCGUCUGUUUCUUCUUGAUAGUUCAUCUGAACCGAAUGAACUUCAAGAAUUCCAAAACAGAUUUCAUGUGGGGAAAGCUUUCACAGGUUAUAUUUUCAGUAUUAAUAAAGAGAAAAAGCUGUUGCGCUUGGUAUCACGCCCAUUAUGUGUUGUCUCUAACGGAGAACUUGGUAAUGAAACUGUUAACAUGGAUGAUCCUGGAAGCACAAACUCUAAUCAAGGAAUUACUACACAUUUACACAAAGGUGAUAUCCUCGGUGGAAGAAUUAUCAAAAUCUUUCCAGGUGUUGGUGGGCUGCUUGUGCAAAUUGGACCUCAUCUGUAUGGGAAGGUUCAUUUUACUGAACUUGCUGAUAAGUGGGUUCCUAAUCCUCUGCUUGGAUAUCAUGAAGGGAAGUUUGUCAAAUGUGUGGUACUAGAAGUUGGCAAUGCAGUCAAUGGUCCAGUGCAUGUGGACUUGUCACUACGUACGUGUUUAGAAGGCAUUCACUCUCAGAAAUCUGUGGGACAAGUUGACGAUGUGGAUCUCCCCAACAAGCGGGUGGAAAAUAUUGAGGAUCUUCAUCCUAAUAUGAUUGUAAAGGGCUAUGUUAAGAAUGUGUCAAAGGGUUGUUUCAUUAUGCUUUCCCGCAAGAUAGAUGCAAAAAUUCUCCUGUCAAACUUGUCUGAUGGAUUUAUUGAGAACCCUGAAAAAGAAUUUCCCAUUGGAAAACUUGUAAAUGGAAAGGUUCUGUCAGUGGAGCCUUUGUCUAAGCGAGUUGAAGUAACUCUAAAAUCAGCGACUUCAAGGGGUGAAUCAAAAUCUGGUCUUGUUGAUUUAAGUAGUCUACAUGUUGGAGAUGUUAUUUCUGGCAAGAUUAAGAGGGUUGAGACAUAUGGUCUGUUUAUAAUUAUAGAUCACACAAACAUGGUUGGAUUAUGCCAUCUUUCAGAGCUUUCUGAUGAUCAUAUUGACAAUAUUGAAAGUAAAUACAGAGCAGGAGAUAGAGUUGUGGCAAAGGUCCUGAAGGUGGAUGAAGAAAGACACCGAAUAUCUCUUGGAAUGAAGAGUUUGUAUAUCAGUGAUGAUACCAGCUCCCAUGUACUCUCAGAUCAAAAUAACUUUGAGGUUGUUGAUGGAAAUGGUACUAGUGAUGAUUCUCAGAUUAGUAUGCCAGAGGAGAACAGCUUACAUGGCAUCCAAGAUGCUGUAUUUGAAACUGAAGAAUGCCCGAUACUUGCACAAGCAGAAUCAAGGGCUUCCAUUAUGCCUCUUGAGGUUGCUCUUGAUGAUAUGGAAAACUCUGAUUCAGAAAACAUAAUUAGUAGGACUCAGGAACAUGUCAACAAGGCAGACACUCCUGCUGAAAAGAAUGAAAGGAGAGCAAAGAGAAAAGCAAAAGAAGAGAGGGAAAAAGAAAUUAUGGCUGCUGAGGCGAGACUUCUUGCGAAAGACAAGCCAAGUACUGCUGAUGAAUUUGAAAAAUUGGUUAGGAGCUCCCCUAAUAGUAGUUUUGUCUGGAUAAAGUACAUGGAUUUUGCUCUCUCUUUGUCAGAUGUUGAGAAGGCUCGAUCGAUUGCUGAAAGGGCUUUGAGAACAAUAAACAUUCGAGAAGAGGCCGAAAAGUUGAAUAUUUGGGUGGCUUAUUUUAAUAUAGAAAAUGAAUAUGGAAAUCCUCGACAGGAGGCCGUCAUGAAAGUAUUUCAGAGGGCACUGCAGUAUUCUGAUCCCAAAAAGGUGCAUCUCGCAUUGUUAGGGUUGUAUGAGAGGACAGAGCAACAUAAUCUAGCGGAUGAGCUUCUUGAGAAAAUGGUUAGGAAGUACAAGCACGCAUGCAAGGUUUGGUUAAGGCAGGUCCAGAGCCUCUUGAAACAAGGCAAAGACGUUCAAACUACUGUUAACCGUGCUCUUUUAAGCCUUCCUCGCAACAAACAUAUCAAAUUUAUCUCUCAAACUGGUAUACUUGAGUUCAAGAGUGGUGUGCCUGAUAGAGGGCGGUCAAUGUUUGAAGGAAUGCUGAGAGAGUACCCAAAGAGAACAGAUUUAUGGAGCAUCUAUCUUGAUCAAGAAAUUCGACUUGGAGAUGUGGAAUUUAUACGUGCAUUAUUUGAGAGGGCAACAAGCCUAAGCCUUCCGCCAAAGAAAAUGAAGUUUUUGUUCAAGAAGUAUCUUGAGUUUGAGAAAUCUCAUGGGGAUGAAGAACGAGUGGAAUAUGUCAAGAGGAAAGCGAUGGAGUACGUGGAGAGCUCACUCACUGGAUCUUGAAUGGUCCUACCUCCCAAUUGGGGGAGGUAAAGCUAGGUGGCUCCAGGUGAGGCUUUGUACAUAUUGGAGAGCAGUUGAGCUUUUAGCGUAUGGGGGUUUCAAGUUUUGAUCGACCAAGGUGCAGCAAUCCAUCAACAGGUUUGUACUGAGAGAAUACCUGUAUGAAAACCAUACUGGUGCUGUAUUACAUGAUUUUCCAGGUCACUGAUAUGGAAGAGAACAACAUAAAUUAAAACAAAUUUGAUGCCGAGCACAUUGGAUAUAUUAGAUUCUUCCAUUGAAGUUAACUGUACAGAAUGUCUGACAUUUAUAUCAAUGUAUCUGCAAAUCGAUAAUUUCAAGUGCAUCUUACAUUUUUGAAUCCUAUUUAAUUCAAGUUAUUUUCUACUUGGGGUCUCUUUUUUUCCUUUGGGUUGUCAUGGGGGCCCUUCUAGUUAUUUGGACAAAUUGGCUAGAUUCUGGAUGGAAUUGCUGGUUUCUCAUUGUGUU